GGAACGCGGGCCCGGAGCUCGCGGCUGGCGGCGCACGAUAGGUUGAGGCUCUUGUCCCUCCCGAGGGCGGGCUUCCUCCGUGUCUCCCGGGCUCAGGCUCAGGCUCGGCGUGUGCGCUCGGUUUCAGUACCAGUGCUUUUCUUUUCGCAGCCGCCAGUCGUUGUGUAGACGUCUUUCACUAUGGACAGGUGAUGCAUUCAGCAGUAGCCUGCUCAUUCUUCAGUUCAGUUCAGUUUCAGGCAACCCUUCCUCAGAUCCGCAAGGAGAAAGCCUCGCACUUGUACUUUCUAGCAACUGACAAAAGUCUCAAACAUUGAAAAGUGUUGGGCAGUUUCUCAUUUGCAACGACCACAACACAAGAAAGAGAAAUGCCACCGCCAACUCUACUGCCUUUUACUACUCCUAGGAAGUCAGGGACCAACAGUUCGGUAUUAAUCAGCCGGCCCGCCUUUCGACUGACUGAGAAAUUCCUUCUGCUCUUAGUUUUCAGUGGUUUUAUCACUCUGUGUUUCGGUGCGAUUUUCUUUUUACCCGACUCAUCCAAGCUGCUGAGCGGGGUGUUUUUCCACUCGCAGCGGGCUUCGAUUACAGGCAGCGGACCGAAACUGGACGGCGGCAGGGAGUUGGAGGGGGAUAAGUUGACCAAGAUCCGUGAGGACCAUGAGAAGGCUCUGCGCGAGGCGAAGGACACUCUGCAGAAACUGCCCGAGCAGAUAAAGCAGGAAAUCAAAGAGGAAAAGCAGAAAGUUGUGCAGGAGUCGGCCAACAAGAAAGAAGCAGCCCCGCGCUUGCCGAAUGUCGUCUUCCGCAAACCUGUGGGCGCAACAGGGCGUGAACCGAGCGAUCCCCAAACCCGAGAGAGACAAGCCAAGAUCAAAGAGAUGAUGAAACAUGCUUGGGAAAAUUACAAACGUUACGCAUGGGGAUCAAAUGAAUUGAAACCUUUAUCCAAACAGCAACAUUCUAGUAGUCUAUUUGGUAACAUUCAAGGAGCAACAAUAGUGGAUGCCUUGGAUACACUAUACAUCAUGGGGAUGCAUGAUGAGUUUAAAGAAGCAAAGGAAUGGGUUGAAAAGAAACUUGACUUCAAUGUGCACGCAGAAGUUUCAGUUUUUGAAGUAAAUAUUCGAUUUGUUGGAGGGCUCCUUUCUGCUUACUACCUGUCGGGUGAAGAGAUAUUCAGGACUAAAGCUGUGGAUCUAGGUGCGAAACUUCUACCUGCUUUUAACACACCUACUGGAAUUCCUUGGGCACUGUUGAAUAUCAAAAGCGGAAUUGGUCGGAACUGGCCUUGGGCAUCAGGAGGUAGCAGUAUCUUGGCUGAAUUUGGCACCUUGCAUCUCGAGUUCAUGCAUUUAAGUCAACUGUCUGGAAAUCCAGUUUUUGCAGAAAAGAUGAUGAACAUUCGAAAAGUUUUGAAUCGUCUGGAUAAACCUCAAGGACUGUAUCCAAAUUACUUGAAUCCCAACAGUGGUCAAUGGGGUCAACAUCACGUAUCUAUUGGAGGGCUUGGAGACAGCUUUUAUGAAUAUUUGCUCAAGGCAUGGUUGAUGUCAGACAAGACUGAUGAAGAAGCCCGGAAAAUGUAUUAUGAUGCGGUUCAGGCAAUUGAGAAGCAUUUGAUUAGAAAAUCCAAUGGAGGCUUAAAAUAUAUUGCUGAAUGGAAAGGUGGCUUACUGGAGCACAAGAUGGGACAUCUGACCUGUUUUGCUGGAGGAAUGUUUGCACUGGGGGCCGAUGGCGCGCCUGAAGAUAAUAGUGGUCAUCACAUGGAACUGGCUGCUGAGAUUGCAAAUACUUGCCAUGAGUCUUAUGAUCGUACAGCCACAAAGUUAGGUCCCGAGGCCUUCAGGUUUGAUGGAGGUGUUGAAGCUAUUGCAACAAGACAAAAUGAAAAAUAUUACAUUCUGCGCCCUGAGGUGAUUGAAACGCAUAUGUACAUGUGGAGACUAACCCACGACCCCAAAUAUCGGGAGUGGGGUUGGGAAGCUGUUCAGGCUCUUGAGAAGAACUGCAGAGUUGCUGCUGGAUAUUCUGGAAUCAGAGAUGUUUAUUCCAAUCAACCAACUCAUGAUGAUGUGCAACAGAGUUUCUUCCUGGCUGAAACUUUAAAAUAUCUUUAUUUGAUGUUCUCUGAAGAUGACCUCCUUUCACUGGAUCACUGGAUAUUCAACUCUGAAGCUCAUCCAUUACCAAUCAUACGCAAAAGUGACAAAAUUCAGUAAAAUCAAUGCAAAUAUUUUGGACGUCUAAAUAUUCAUUAUUUUAAUCCUAAUGUAAAACAAAGCAAAAUAAAUUAUAAUAUGCAACAUGCAUGCUGCCAUAUAACCAAUACAAGACUGCAGGAGACUGCAACAACUCUAACCUCCUCUGUGAGGAGAUGUCUGCUUUGAGCUGCAAUUUUUGCCAUGUUGCAAAAACGCCAUAAUUAAUUUAAUAUCCAGAGAUUUAUUCAUAAAGAACCAUUUUUUUUUGCUUUUGUUUGUUCCUAAGCCACAAAUUUAUUAAAUAAAAAAUAUAAAUUAAAAAUUUGGCUUAAUUGACAAUUAUAAAAUGAGAUCUUGAUAUAUAUGCUAAAUUUUAUUUUUCCCUAUUUCAUAUAGUACAGAUGAAGAUUGGUGUGUUGGAUAAAUCAUAAAUGUGUAUGUCUGGUAAUUUGUUUGAUAUCUGAAGUUGAGGAAAUCAAAAAUCUUGUAAGAGGUGAUAUAGUGAAUUAUUGAAGUUCCAACUUGAUGGUUUGGAAUGGACCCAAAGGACAAAUAUUGCACUUGACAGAUCUUUUAAAAUAUGGCAGAUAUUCAAUAUGUGAAUUUAUUUCACCUCUUCUGUAUUUUGAUUUAUUUUUACACUAUCUAUUUGUGUAUUUCUUCUGCAAAUUAAAACAUUCCCUUUAUAUGAGCCUCUAAUGUUGUAAAUUGUUUGACUGUCGACUUCAACAAAAAUAAAAAUAUUUUUAUGUAUGUUUUCUAAAGCAAUUAUGAAAUGUAUGGUGAUAGAUACAUUAUCUAAAGAAUUGGUAUUUUAAUUAAUGAACGAUUCUCAGCCAUUGUGAGCAGAGUGUUUAAAAUGUUUACUUUCUUCUCACAUUUACACAUGCAGGUAACGUGUCACCACCGAAAAUGUCGUUGGUUGACAUGAAUUCAAGAACAUUUCCCAUCUUGAGCCAAUUUAAAAACUCAGUUAUAUUUCUCUGAUGGUUACCGUUGGCACUCUGUAUGCUUGUGUGCGUGCGUGUGUACGGUCUGGAAACAUUUGAUAUUAUUUUAUACAUAUUGUGUGAUCAUAAUUCUCCGACGGUUUCUACAUUCCUUCCUGGACACCUUCGAUAAAAAAUAAAUGAAAAUGAAAAGCCA